AUGGCACUGAACACGGAGAACGACUCCUUAAUGUGCAAAUGUUUCCCAACAAGCUUGGCUGGACCAGCGCUUAAUUGGUUCAAAAACUUACCGAGGGGAUCAAUUGAUAGUUUCCGAAGCCUUUGCGAUCGGUUCAUCAGCCAGUACUAUGGGAAUAAGUGCCCGGCAAAAGAUGUCUCCAGUCUGUUCACGAUGCAGCAGCAUGAAAAUGAACGCCUCCAAGCUUUUCAUACUAGAUUCAAUUUAACCAAGAGCAUGGUGAUCGAGUGUCAUCCGUCCACGGCGGUUCAAGCAUUCAAACUGGCCAUGAUUCGUGGGACUCCGUUUCACACAAGUCUAGUGGUGAACAUGCCGCAGACCAUGGAUGAGCUGAACGAAAGAGCUGAUGGAUUUGUCCAUUUGGAAGAGGAAGAGGCAGCUAAUGCAAGGAAAACGUCAAUUAUUUCAACGAAGGAAAAGUCCAAAGCCAAGAUCAGGAACUUAAGGAGGCAGGUGGAGAUGUUGAUAACCAGAGGGGAGUUCGCAAGUUAUAUUCAAGGCUCGGCGGUAGAGCAAAGCCGACCGGCGAAGCAAGUGAAGAGAAAUCAGAAGUCGAACUCCCACAACUCGCAACCAGUUCGAAUAAUCAAUACAAUUCAUGGCCGGCCUGAACGUGAAGAGUCAGAUGAACUGCUUCGAACACAGCUCCGCCAGGCGCAGAUGAAGAGGAGGAUAGGCAGUGUAAACACUCUGCACCAACAGAGCGUAUCAACACAGAUAAAGUUUGAUAGAACAGAUCUAUUGCGUGUUCAGAUCCCUCAUGAGAACCCGUUAGUUGUCAGUUUGACAGUGGCCGAAUAUUUGGUAUGCAGAGUUCUGAUUGAUCCUGGAAGUAGUGCGAACGUUAUGCCGAGGGACACAUUUGAUCGGCUCGAGAUCAAGCCAGACCAUCUCAAGGCCACUGGGAAUCCUUUGCUAGGGUUUGAUGGAGAACGACUGGAGCCCAUUGGUACGAUGGAAGUAGCAGUGCAUGCUGCAGAGAGGGUUCUAAUAGAGAGCUUUGUAGUUGUCGAGAUUCAUCCCUCUUACAACCUUCUGAUGGGCAGAGGGUGGAUCCAUAGAGUUCAAGGUGUUCCUUCCAUUCUGCACUAA